AGCUAUCUUGUAUUAAUGUAUACAUUCUGUGUUUGUGAUCGAUUAUUAGGCUAUUCACCUUAUUGAUGUAGCCUAUAUAGUAAGUUGGAUUUAAACUUAGUCUAUUUCUGAGAAAAGUAGUGCCAAAGGUGAUUUGUGUUUGUUUCAUGGGCACGUUGAGUCACUGUUGGGAAGACGAUAAGAUGAAUUGUUCUGUGACGUUCGGAAACCUCCACCUCCUCCAAAGCGAGCCGCUCCCACGAAACGAAUCGAAACGAAAAGGAAUGCCUGCCUGCGCAUAUAUAUAUCUCAUUCCUCUUCAGUAUCACGCAUUUCUGGUAGGCUACUUUCACUGACAGGCAAAGAGGAAAAUGGGCAAUGAGGUGUCAACCGCGUCUGGAGUUAAGCCGCAGCCAGGAGACCUGAUAGAGAUCUUCCGUGGCUCCUACCAGCACUGGGCUGUUUAUAUUGGCGAUGGAUUUGUUGUCCAUUUGGCACCGCCUUCGGAGAACCCAGGGGCUGGAGCCUACAGCAUGAUGUCCAUCGUUUGCGAUAGAGCCCUGGUGGCGCGGGCUGGGUUCUGGGAAGUAGUGGGGACCGACGAGUGGAGGAUCAACAACAUCCUGGAUGACCAGUGUGAGCCCCGGCGUGCCGACCUGGUGGUGCAGGAGGCCCGUCGCUUGGUGGGCGCCGAGUUGCCCUACAGUGUCUUCCAGAGCAACUGCGAGCACUUUGCUACCGAACUGCGCUACGGCAAGGCCCAGUCUCGACAGGUGCACCAGGCAGUCGGGGCUGCCGCAGUAUCAGUCGGGGCCUUAGUCGUUUUGGGUGUUGUGGUCAAGACCUUUUUGGAAGCGGGAGAAGAGAGGAAGAGAACACGGCGUUAUUGACAUCUGUUGAUCUGGAGGUGCUUGAUACCUAGCUUGGUGCUAGGUACCCUUCGGCGUCUUCUGCAUACGGAAUGGGGGGGUGCCUCACUACGUCUCUAAUAGACGCUGUGAGCAUCUUUCCUAUUGGAUCGUUUUUAGGAUAUUUUGAUAACUAAGAAUAUGACAGCUUUUCCAGUCUCACCAAUAUGCGCACAGAUCGCACGGUUUGACACUUUCAAAAGGCGUGCAGUACAUACGCCAAAAGACCAUUUCGUGUGCAUACGAUACGCAAAACCCAGCAUUAACUACUGUGGAGGGC